CGGGCGGCGGGUUGGGGUCGGUAGCUUUGUCCCGCUGCCGCGCCUCGGCCGUGGCGGCUCUUCGGGGCGAUGUGCCUGCUGCGGCCGCCCCGCAUCACGCAGCCCCUCGAGAAGGAGGAGGAAGAGAUAGCGGCCCUCAUGGGGCAGAUAGAGCUGGAGAAAAGCCACUAUUCAGACCAUGAAAUCCGCAAGCUGGAGGAGGAGGAGCAGCUCAGGAGAAGGAAGGAGAGCAUGUACGAUGAUGAUGAAGCACCCGGCAAAACGGUCAUCAUGGCUCAAGACCUGGAGGACAAGUGGGAACAGAAGUUACUGCGGUUUGAAGCUGCUCCGCGGAUAACAGAUGCUGAUAAAAACAACAAUCGAACAUCGUUGAACAGGAAGCUGGACAGUAACCUGAUGCUUCUGGUGAAACAGAAAAUCGGUAACCAGGAGCUGUGGCUCCUGCCUCAAGUGGAAUGGCAGCCUGGAGAGACGCUGCGAAGCACAGCUGAGCGAGCCAUGGCGAUGUUUUUGGGAGAUCACAUUCAAGCCAAAAUCCUGGGGAAUGCGCCAUAUGGGAUUUACAAGUAUAAAUUCCCCAGGGCCAUCAGGACUGAGGAUAACGUGGGAGCCAAAGUAUUCUUCUUCAAAGCCUUCCUCCAAAGCAGUGAUUUGUCCCAGGCAGAGCUGAAGGAAGACUACCUGUGGGUCACAAAGGAUGAGCUGGGAGAUUACUUGAAGUCGGAAUACCUGAAAAAAGUCAACCGAUUCCUUCUGGACUUAUAAACGAUAGGCUGUACUCCAGCAGAUGGGGAAGAUGCGGGACGUGGCUCCCGGGAGGAGCACAGCUGCUGCUUUGCAUGGUCUGUGUGUAUGGGAUGUUAACUCGGGCUCUGGAGGAUAAUUUGCCUUUGCCUUAUUUCCCAGUUCUCUUCACUGGGCCUGUACUAAAUAAAUAUUAAAACUUAUACUUGGAAGUG